AUGGCUUUCCUUGAUAAACUUCCAACAAAUGACAUACUUCAGCGAAUGGGACUUAUCAACGAAAGAAUAUGUGUACUCUGUAAAUCUGAACAGGAAACAAGAGACCAUUUAUUUUUAAAAUACCCAACUGCUGUUACAAUUUGGACAACAUUUUUCUCACUUUCUGGUUUACGUUUUACUGCUUGUUCAUGGGAGGGGAAAUCAUUGCUUACUAUGAUCAUGAAGAUAGCUCUCAAUGCUCUCAUUUACACAUUAUGGGAAGAGAGAAACAAAAGGGUGUUCCAAAACCGAACAAGGUCUGCAGAAGCGAUUCUUAAAGCUGUUAAAGAUAUUCUUGUUUUGUUUCGAACCUUGAUGUAUAUUAAAGCAGAUUCUGCUCUUGGAUAA